GCCUACAUAUAUAAUACCCCCCAUUUUGCUUUGAAGAAUAUAUUACAAUAAGCAGCCUUGGGCCUUACCCACAGGUGGACUUACAAACAUGGUGGCCUUGGGUUGCUUUCUCUUUUUCCUUGUAUCUUUCUGUUCUUUUUCUCCAUCAUAUUUUGCAUUAUCUGAUAUUGAAGCUGCUUCUAUUGCCCGUCGCCAACUUUUAGGUAACAAUGGCGAGCUUCCAAAUACAUACGAGUCUGAAAUGACCAUUAACAUGAAAUUCGAAAAUGCCAGGUUGAAGAAAGCUUAUGUUGCUCUUCAGGCAUGGAAGAAAGCUAUUUACUCUGAUCCAACAAACUUCACAGCUAAUUGGGAGGGUAAUAAUGUAUGUGCCUAUAAUGGUGUCUUUUGUGACAAUGCUCUUGAUGAUCCCAACAUCUCUGUUGUUGCUGGGAUUGAUCUUAACCAUGCAGACAUAGCUGGACAUCUCCCUGUGGAGCUUGGCCUCUUGGCUGAUGUGAGUCUCAUCCACAUUAAUUCUAACAGAUUUUGUGGAAUCAUUCCCAAGAGCAUUAAAAAUCUUACGCUUUUGGAUGAGAUUGAUUUCAGCAACAAUCGUUUCGUGGGGCCAUUCCCUGAUGUUGUUCUUGAGUUGCCUAAACUCAACUAUCUUGAUCUUAGGUUCAACAACUUUGAAGGUCAAGUGCCUUCCGCGCUAUUUGAGAAGAAUCUUGAUGCAAUAUUGAUCAACAAUAACCGAUUCCAUUCCACCAUCCCUGAAAGCUUGGGCAAUUCCAAUGCUUCCGUGGUGGUAUUGGCAAAUAACAAGUUCUAUGGUUGCAUCCCGAGCAGUAUUGGUAAAAUGGGCAACUCAUUAGAUGAGCUUGUAUUCACCAACAAUGAGCUCUCUGGUUGUUUGCCUGAAGAGAUUACUAAGCUCACGAGCCUAACACUGUUCGAUAUUAGUGGAAAUAAGUUUGUUGGAUCGUUACCUCAGGAUUUGAAAUCGAUGCAGAAAGUGGAAAUCUUUGACAUUGCAUCGAACAAGUUCAUGGGAAAUGUUCCAAAGAACCUUUGCACGUUGCCUAGUUUGACGAAUUUCACAUUCUCUAAGAACUACUUUGAGAGCAUGGAUGAAACAUGUACGCCAUCACAGACGAAACAAGUUAAGAUAGAUGGUAAUGAGAAUUGUUUGGGGGGGAGAUCAGAGCAGAGGACGGAGAAAGAGUGUUUCCCAGUAGUGAGCAAGCCUGUUGAUUGCAGUAAAGGUCAUUGCGGAGUUUCAAGGGAAGGGCAGAGUCCAAAAGAUCCACCUAAAACCCUGACUCCUUCAAAACCAGCAACACCAACCACUCCAAAACCAAAGCCAUCUCCACCACCACCAGUAGCCUCACCUCCUCCACCACCACCAGUGGCCUCACCUUCACCUCCCAUCCACUCACCACCACCUCCAGUCCAUUCACCACCACCACCACCGGUAGCAUCACCUCCACCUCCAGUCCACUCACCACCACCACCACCAGUAGUAUCACCUCCACCUCCAGUCCACUCACCACCACCACCACCAGUAGUAUCACCUCCACCUCCAGUCCACUCACCACCACCACCACCAGUAGUAUCACCUCCACCUCCAGUCCACUCACCACCACCACCACCACCUCCAGUCCACUCAUCACCACCACCGGUAGCAUCACCUCCACCUCCAGUCCACUCACCACCACCACCGGUCCACUCACCACCACCACCAGUUCAAUCACCUCCACCUCCUGUCCACUCACCACCACCACCGGUUGCCUCACCUCCACCUCCCGUCCACUCACCACCACCACCGGUAGCAUCACCUCCACCACCAGUCCACUCACCACCACCACCUGUUGCCUCACCUCCACCUCCAGUCCACUCACCACCGCCACCGGUAGCCUCACCUCCACCACCAGUCGCCUCACCACCGCCACCUGUAGCUUCACCUCCACCUGCUCCAGUAUUCUCUCCUCCACCGCCAGUCCACUCACCACCACCACCACCAGCUCCGGUAAUGUCUCCACCUCCACCCACUUUUGAGGAUGUCGCUCUUCCCCCAACAUUGGGCUCGCUAUACGCCUCACCACCACCACCAAUUUUCCAAGGUUAUUAAGAAGUUCGCCAUUAGGACUACUUAAAACAAUGUGUACCAAUCAAUCUGUAAACACAUAUCAAUUGAAAAAAAAACGUUUACAUUAUCAAUUGUACACUGAAAAAUUGGAAAUUUGCUAUUAGAUGGUGCUGAUUGAAUAAAUCAUUCUGC